UACAAAAAUAUUGGACGCCAUGUGUCGAAAAAGACGUGAUUUCCCCUCAAAUCACCUUUCUUUCUACAAUGUCCACUAAUUUCCUACAGAUAAGCGAUGUAGGCCUUGAAUUUGAAAGCAGAAACAAGUUUGGCGCACAAAGUAGCGUGCGUCAUGACGUUAGCGCAGGACUCGACUCGGAGUCGCUGGGAGGGGGAGCGUUCAGUGUGAAGCAGAACAGAAAACCUCGGAGUGAGGGGAGAUACAGCAGUAUCGGCGAUGGACUAGAGUCACGGAUCAGUAUUGAAGCAAAAGGAAAAAUUGACAGACUUCUGGGAGAAAUAAAGAAUUUGUCGGACGUGGAGAAGUUUGUGUUGUACCUGAAGCUUCCGACCGGAGAUACGUCUUCUGAGGACCUGAGGAG